GGGCGCCGCCGCCACAGCUGCCUUUCUUUGCUACCAGGAUUGAGCGUAUCCCCCCAUCUUUUGUGCUCCGGGAGCUGUGUAAUGAAUCCCAGUAUGAAGCAGAAACAAGAAGAAAUCAAAGAGAAUGUAAAGAACAGUCCUGUCCCAAGAAGAACUCUGAAGAUGAUUCAGCCUUCUGCAGCUGGAUCUCUUGUUGGAAGAGAAAAUGAGUUAACCAAAGGCUUAUCCAAAAGGAAACAUUGGAAUGACCAGACAACAUCUAAGACUUCCAGCCCUAAAGUUGUUAUUGACCCAGAAUACAGUGAAAAUAAAAAUCUUGGAGGAGUUACCCAAGAAGCAUUUGAUCUUAUGGUUAAAGAAAAUCCAUCCUCUCAAUAUUGGAAAGAAGUGGCAGAAAAGCGGAGGAAGGUUCUCUAUGAAGCACUUAAGGAAAAUGAGAAACUUCAUAAAGAAAUUGAGCAAAAGGACAAUGAAAUUGCCCGCCUGAAAAAGGAGAAUAAAGAAUUGGCAGAAGUAGCAGAACAUGUACAGUAUAUGGCAGAGGUAAUAGAGAGACUGAAUGGUGAACCUCUGGAUAACUUUGAAUCACCGGAUAGUCGGGAAUUUGAUUAUGAAGAGGAAACUGGUGAGGAUUCUGAAGUGGAGGACUCAGAAAUUGGCACAUGUGCUGAAGGAAUUGUAUCUUCCUCUACAGAUGCAAAACCAUGUAUAUGAAAUUCAUUAAUAUUUGACUCUUGAGAAAUAUACUGCCAAAGUUUACCUCCACCAUAGUUCUUUAUAAGAGUACAUAGUUACAUAAUGUAAACUCUGGAAUCAAACUUCCUUGUUUGAAUCCUGGGACCUUAUUGUAUUAAAAUACAAAUACUAUGUAUUUUUAA